AUGUACUCCAUCGCUCUGGGAGCCCAGGCGUUCUGGUCGCCCUUGGCCAAGGUGCCAAGAGUCGUCUGGACUGUUGUUGGAAACUGUCUGACGCUUGCCAUCUGUAUCCCGGCAUACUACCACUUCGAGUCUGUUGUUGAGAACUUCAUGAACAUCAUCGGCUACUACCUGGCCAUUUACGACGCCAUCUCGCUUUCGGAGCACUUUUUCUACCUGAAGGGCUUCAGCGGCUACAACCUGGAGAUCUACAACAACAAGAGGCUUCUGAACCCAGGAUACGCGGGCGCGUUCGCUUUCUGCUGCGGUGCUGCAGGUGUGGUUAUUGGUAUGGACCAGACCUGGUACGCCGGUGUCAUUGGAAGAAAGAUUGGAGAGUUUGGUGCAGAGAUUGGAUUCGAGCUUGCCUUUGCCUUUGCCUUCAUUGCCUACAACGUCACCAGGCCUCUGGAGAGAAAAUACUUCGGUCGCUAG